CCACGCAAGGACAACACCGUGCAAGGAAAACCAGUACCCCACAGAGGCAGGAGAAGGCAACCAAAGACAGACGAGCAGUGAUUUCUGACCAACAGACGAAUGAGGAGCAAGCGGGUAUUCGUGAAUAUGUAGUGAAUACCGGGUUGUCAGCCAGUUCGUCUUCAGCAAGCUCUGGAGCUACGUCCUCAGACCAACAACCGUCGGUUCAGCGACACCUUAAGGAGAACAGCAAGGCUGUAACUAGCGAUAGCAACCAGCGUCUUCCGCCGGCAAAGCGCCCACGCCACCCGUCGGCGCUACAACAGACCAGGGGUCGGGAAUAG